GCGUGAUGGCAUCCAAAGCUCAUAGCUGGAGAGCACAGCAGGAGGAGGAGGAGGCUGCAGCUAGAGCGAGAGAGAAGAGGAGGCCGGAGCAAGCAAGCUAGCGCCAUGGCUGCUCCACCUCUCUCGUCGUGGCCAUGGGCAAGCCUCGGCUCCUACAAGUAUGUGCUGUACGGGCCGGUGGUGUGGAAGGUGGCGGAGGAGUGGAGGGAGCAGGGGGCGGCGCCGGUAGGGUCGUGGUGGCUGCACCUGCUGCUGCUGUUCGCCGCCCGGGGGCUCACCUACCAGUUCUGGUUCUCCUACGGCAACAUGCUCUUCUUCACCCGCCGCCGCCGCGUCGUCCCGGACUCCGUCGACUUCCGCCAGGUCGACGCCGAGUGGGACUGGGAUAACUUGGUGCUGCUGCAGACGCUGAUCGGGGCCACGGCGGUGGCGCAGAUGCGGACGCCGACGCAGACGCUCGCGGGGCUCCGGCUGGAGCAGCAGCUGCAGCGAGGGUGGGACCCGCGCGGGUGGGCCAUCGCGCUGCUGCUGCAUGUGUUCGUCUCCGAGCCACUCUUUUACUGGGCCCACCGCGCCCUCCACCGGUGGGCCCCACUCUUCAGCCGCUACCACGCCGAGCACCACCGCUCCCCCGUCACCACGCCCCUGACAGCUGCAUUUGGGACGCCACUGGAGAGCCUGCUGCUGACCGUGGUGAUGGGGGCCCCACUUGCAGGGGCGUUCCUGAUGGGGGCAGGGUCCGUGGGCCUGGUCUAUGGACACGCCCUCCUGUUUGACUAUUUGCGGUCAAUGGGGUACAGCAACGUGGAGGUGAUAUCGCCCAGGCUCUUCCAGGCGUUUCCUCCUCUCAGAUACCUCCUCUACACCCCUUCGUACCUGAGCCUGCACCACAGGGAGAAGGACUCCAACUUCUGCCUCUUCAUGCCCCUCUUUGAUCUCCUUGGGGGCACCCUCAACCACAAGUCUUGGGAGUUACAAAAGGAGGUCUACUUAGGCAAGAACGAGGAGGCGCCGGAGUUCGUGUUCCUGGCGCACGUGGUGGACAUCAUGGCGUCGAUGCACGUGCCGUUCGUGCUCCGGUCGUGCAGCUCGACGCCGUUCGCCAACCACUUCGUCCUCCUCCCCUUCUGGCCGGUCGCCUUCGCCUUCAUGCUCCUCAUGUGGUGCUGCUCCAAGACCUUCCUCGUCAGCUUCUACCGCCUCCGCGGCCACCUCCACCAGAUGUGGACCGUCCCCCGCUACGGAUUCCAGUACUUCAUACCGGCGGCGAAGAAGGGCAUCAACGAGCAGAUCGAGCUGGCGAUCCUGCGUGCAGACAGAAUGGGCGUCAAGGUGCUCAGCCUCGCCGCUCUCAACAAGAACGAGGCUCUGAACGGAGGUGGAACACUGUUCGUGAACAAGCACCCGGAGCUGAGGGUGAGGAUCGUGCACGGCAACACCCUGACCGCCGCCGUGAUCCUCAACGAGAUCCCCAGCAACGUCAAGGACGUCUUCCUCACCGGCGCCACCUCCAAGCUCGGCAGAGCCAUCGCCCUCUACCUCUGCAGGAAGAAGAUCAGAGUCCUGAUGCUGACACUGUCGUCGGAGAGGUUUCUGAAGAUUCAGAGGGAAGCACCGGCCGAGUUCCAGCAGUAUCUCGUGCAGGUCACCAAGUACCAGCCUGCACAAAACUGCAAGACGUGGCUGGUGGGGAAGUGGCUGUCGCCGAGGGAGCAGAGGUGGGCGCCGGCGGGGACGCACUUCCACCAGUUCGUGGUGCCGCCGAUCAUCGGGUUCCGGCGGGACUGCACCUACGGCAAGCUCGCCGCCAUGCGGCUCCCCAAGGACGUGCAGGGCCUCGGCUACUGCGAGUACACGAUGGAGCGCGGGGUGGUGCACGCGUGCCACGCCGGCGGCGUGGUGCACUUCCUGGAAGGGUGGGGGCACCACGAGGUGGGCGCCAUCGACGUCGACCGGAUCGACGUCGUGUGGAAGGCGGCGCUCAAGCACGGCCUCACGCCGGCGUGACCGUCCUCGCUCGAUUCUCCGGCCGGCGGCGGAAGCUGACGAUCGAAAGCGCUCGGCUUUUUCGAUCUCGUGCUGUGGGAUUUGGUGUACCGCGUGGUAAUCAGAUGUACGAAAGGAAAAAAAAAACAUUUUGUCUCGGGAUUAAAUUAAUUAACAAAUUUAAUUACAGUCCCUGUGGUAUAUUGGUUUGAAAUUGGUCACCUCUUCUGGCACAAAUGAUGGCAAAAAAUCCCCAAUUGUAAAUGGCCAUAUUUAAUUGUAAGAGUAUCAGCAAGAGUUCAUCUCUCCCAUCUUUUAUCCUAAGAAUAGAAUAGAGGAUGAAAUGUAAAGAUUGAGCUCCAACAGAA